AGAUAAAUGAACCAUUGUGUAAUUUCAAAAGCUUCACCAUAUCCGUAUAUAAAAGAAAAGAAUCCCACUAUUUCACUCCAGAACAAAGAUUUCUCUUUUUCCCUCUUUACUCUCUUAACUCACUCUCUCUCUCUCAAAAAUCAAAUCUUUGUCUUCUUUCAAAGUACUUUAAUUUGUUCCUUAAAAGAACACCUCCUUUAUUCACCUGAACAAAAGCCCCACAAAAAGAGAAGAAAAAAAAACUUCACAAAAUGUCUUCAGAAAUAGGUGACAAUAGACGUCCGGCAAGACUACCGGCGCCGAUGAACGGAACACGACCAUCGGAACCUGAGAACUUGCCAUGUCCACGUUGUGAUUCAACAAACACAAAGUUCUGUUAUUACAACAACUAUAAUCUUUCUCAGCCUCGUCACUUUUGUAAGUCAUGUCGUCGUUAUUGGACACGUGGAGGUACCUUACGUAACGUCCCCGUAGGUGGUGGCACACGUAAGAACUCCCACAAACGCCCCCGCACCACAACCAACAUGGGUCAAGCAUCCGGGUCGGGCCAGGCAACCGGGUCGGGUCAAGGUUCGGUUUCGUUGAUGGGUUGUGAAGUGAACCUGAAUGAGUCAGUGCAAGAGGGGGUGAAUAAUGGGGCUUCGUUUACUUCUUUGUUGACGGGUCCUGUAGGGGGUGGUGGGUUUGGGCCGUUAGGUGGAUUUGGGCUUGGGCUAGGUGGGUUUGGGCUUGGGAAUCUUGAUUGGCCCAUGGAGCAAGUAGGAGGGAAUGGAGGGGACGGUGGUGAUAAUGACAAGUGGCAGAUGAGUAACGGUGAGAUUGAAGGUGGUGCUGGCGGUGAUGAUGAUGAUUGUUUUGGUGGUUGGCCUGAUCUUGCUAUAUCAGCACCAGGGACCAGUCUUAAAUGAAGUACUUACUAAGUAGAAAUAAUAAUAUUAUUAUUAUUAUGUACGUACUUUAAUAGUUUCAUGGAAGAAAUCGAAAAAAAGGAGGUGUUUGUUC